AUGGAGCUCGCGGCGGCCGCCAGGGACGAGUCCGCCUUCGCCAUGCGCGUGCUCCGCCAACUCGCCUGCGGCGGCGGCGGCGGCGAGGCAUCGGGAGCCAACCUCGCCGUGUCCCCGCUCUCCAUCCACGCCGCGCUGACGCUGCUCGGCGCGGGCGCCAAGGGCGCCACGCUCGACCAGAUCGUCGCCUUCCUCGGCCCCGCCGGCGGCCCCGCCCACGCGGCGCUCGCCUCGCACGUCGCGCUGCGCGUCCUCUCCGACAGCGCCGGCGGCGGAGACGGCGGGCCCAAGGUGCUGUUCGCCAACGGCGUGUGGGUCGACGCCGCCAUGCGCCUCAAGGCCGGCUACGCCGCCGUCGUCUCCGAGCACUACCGCGCCCAGGCGCACCCGGCGUCCUUCAAACACGCGCCAGAGGAAGCGAGAGCCGAGAUCAACCGGUGGUUCGAGAACGCGACGGCGGGCCGGAUCAAGGACCUGAUGCCCAAGGACUCCGUCAGCACCCUGACGCUCGCCGUCCUCGGGAACGCGCUCUACUUCAAGGGCGCCUGGUGCAGCAAGUUCAACCCCGCCCUCACGCUGGACGACGCCUUCCACCUACCCACCGGCGGCCACGUCCGCGCGCCGUUCAUGUCGAGCGGCAAGCAGCAGCACAUCGUCUGCCGCCCCGGCUACAAAGUACUCCGCCUUCCCUACGCCCGUGGCGCCCAAGACCAACGGAGCUUCUCCAUGUACAUCUACCUCCCGGACGAGCGCCACGGCCUGCAGAGCCUGCUGCACAAGCUGGGGUCAUCCGACCCGGCGCUGCUCGAGGACUCCAACAUCUCUCUGAUGGCCAAGGUCCCCGUGGGCGCCUUCAAGGUGCCCAGGUUCACCGUGUCGUGCAGCACGGACGCGACGGAGCUGCUGCAGCUCCUCGGCCUGCGCCUGCCGUUCCACCCCGGCCUCGCCGACUUCUCCGACAUGCUGGACUCGCCGGCGCCGCUCGUCGUGUCGGCCGUCUUCCACCAGUCCUUCGUCGAGGUGAACGAGGAAGGGACCGAGGCCGCCGCGGCCACGGCUGUCGGUGUGGCAUUCGGCUGCGCGGCGGUGAGCGCGCCGGUUCAGGUUGUGGACUUCGUCGCCGACCACCCGUUCAUGUUCUUGAUCAAGGACGACCGCACCGGCGUCGUGGUCUUCGCCGGCCAGGUGGUCAAUCCUUUGCUUUCGUAG